GGUUAUCACGAGAGAGUGCACAUAAAAGCCCGAGAAAGUGGAGAAGCUCCAGCCGUGCUCCAGUUCAGGGAACGGACAUAUUUAUCUUCAUUCCGAAAUCACAAAGUGACACAUCGAAGUUCUCAGUCGCUGUAUUCAGCGUUAUGCGUGCAUCACAAUGUCAGACAGUGUGUCCAACUUGGAUCUUCUUUCAUCAACACAUGACUUCAAACUUGUAUGCACUCAGUGCUCUGUGAAGGAGAAAGAAAUUACGUAUACAUUAAAACCAGUCUACCACCAGUGUGCAUGCAAUGUCCUGCUCUGCAAAGCCAAAGGUGGCAGCAUAUGGAGGCCUAUUUCAAAGCGGCCCACAUUUCCAAACCCGAGUCAGUAUGAGACAUGUUGGUACUUUAAGGAGGACUCUGGCUGUUCAUACCACGGGAACAGGUGCACCUUUGCCAGAAGUGAUGAAGAAGCUGCUGUGUGGAACUUUGUGAAGCAGCACAGAUUAGACCACACACUCCUCUGUAAUCUUAUAGCUCAAUCUGUGACAGGAUUAGAUCAGCCUAAGAGUGGUGAACCUCUUGGUGGCCUCUUAGCUACACUAGAUUUGAAGGCUGUGUGUGAUUUGUGCUCCACCAAGAACAAGGAAAUAACAUACACAGUUCAGUCUUUCAGUCACAAGUGCAGCAGAAAUCAUCUUUUAGCCAAAGCCAAAGCCUCUGACCAAUGGAGACCUGUCUCUGAGCAGCCUGUAUGUAGAAACUUUGGUAAAAAUGUCAUUUACCAAGUGUGUCAAUAUUUUGUUGAGGGCUCUGGAUGUACACAACAUGGGCAGCAAUGCACUUUUGCCAGAAGCUAUGAAGAGGCCACUGUAUGGAACUAUAUUAGACACAACAAAAUAGGGAGAGACAAGCUAAUCAGACUUGUAACAGAGUCUGAGCCCAUUUCAUUAACAGCUGAAAGUGUAGCUGAAAGCAUACUUCAACAGUUUUCAGGUGAAUUCACUGAGUUUUGUAAAGCUUGCUUUCAUGACCGCCCACUUAAACUAACAACUAAAAGGUGGAAUGCCACCUGCUCAGCAGAUGCAGCACACACAUGGGACCCAGUCUUAGUUUAUCAUUUAUCAGACAAUAGUAGAAAGCACAUCUAUAAUGAGGUGCGCCCUCUUCCCCAAAACUGUCAGUUUAAGUACUGCAGUCAUGUCAGGCAAGGCAAGCCCUGCUGGCAUGAGGCAGGCCACUGCCAGUCAGCCCAGAGCGAGGUGGAAAUGGCCGUGUGGAAAGCAGAGCACAAUGGACUCUCCGUAAGGCCUCAUCUCCUUCGGCUGCGUCAGCAGAAGCAGACAGAGCCCAGACAGGUCACCAUGUACUGCAAGGUUUGCCUUCUGGUCCUGUCCUCCCCAGAAAGUUUCUAUAAGCACUGCUCCUCUUUAGAGCAUGCCCAAUUACUGUCUGAGGACACCACCACCAAGUGGAGAGGACGACAGCCUCCACACAACUGCAGAGCUCAGUUUUGGCUGUGUGAAAGACCACAAACAUGUGAGUAUGGCAACAAGUGCCCAAAAGCUCAUUCUGUGGAAGAACUGCAGGAGUGGAUGAUGCGUGCUGCAGAAGAGAAGAAGAUCAGACAUAACAUUGAAGCCCAGGGUCUCAUGUCCUAUAAUGAAAGGCUCUUGGAGGAAUACAGAAACAGUAGUAAUGAAGUGCACACUAUAUCUGAACAGGUUGAUGACGUCUGCAUUUCAUGUGAUCAAGAUUUAACUGUGGCGUGUCAAAAGAGCGAUGCAACACUCAAAUGGAACUUCCAUGUUGAAACAGAGAGACAGCUUGUGCACGUGGCACUGCUUAAACAAGAACCAGGAGCCUCCUUCACCCUUGAUGAUACAAGUACAGCACCUUCAAUCUACACCUCAGGUGAACACUUUGCUACUGAUGACUUAACCUAUGACAUCACUGUGCAUUUCACAUCCAUCAACCCAGGCCAAUAUGAACAGUGGUUAGUGCUAGAUUUUGACAUGAGACCAGUGCUCUUGAAGAGACUCAGAGUAAGAGUAGGCCAGGUGUCACUGGAUGACCCCGAACAACCGACUGUGAACCAUGGAGCCACCUUUCAAAAUGCUGAGCGCUGGCAUCGAGGGAACAGAGUUAUCAUCCCAUGUUCAUCCAGGACAGAAGAACGGGAGGAGCUGUUUAAGAUGUACAAGCCUCCUCAGAUUAGUUUUCUAUAUAAAUCCUCCCACAACAGCCAAACACCUCUGAAUCAUGAUAACUACAAAGAGAGAAUGCACCAUUUCCUGUACAACGAGGAACAGGCAGAGGACAAGAUAGUUUCAAGACUAAAUGUUUGUGGAGAAAUUACAACACUGGACACGCUGAACAGUACACAGUUUGACACGAUGACAGCACGUCAGGGGGAACUCUUCUGUGCUGUCUCAAUUCCUUGUAACCUGACACCUGACACCCCAGAGGGACUGGUACUAAAACAUAUCCAGUCUGCACUGAUAGCCCCUUUAUCCUCAAGUGGUCAAAACUCCAAGGUCUAUGAAGCCAUCAUUCUCCAAGACAAAACAAGUGAGAAGAAAAUGUAUUUGCAGCUGUCUAAACAAUGCUGCUCUGAUCUUGUACUCAAAAGCAAUGAAUCAUAUCAGAUGGAGGUGCAGUUUCAGUUAAACCGCUACAGCUUCUGUAACAUGCAUAAGGCUGUAGACGUCCUUCCUAACACAAACAGAGUGCUACCAGACCUUAAAAACCAUGGAGUUCCUGUGAAUAACGUCCAGCAUGAGAACCUGAAUGCAAAGCAGCAGUCAGCAAUCGACUUUAUAACUGGGAAUUCCAGUGUCCAAACAUCUGUUGCACCACUCCUCAUUUAUGGACCAUUUGGAACUGGGAAAACAUUCACCCUUGCUACAGCAGCCAGAGAGCUUUGUAAGCAGCCUCACAACAAAGUGCUUAUUUGCACCUACACCAAUAGUUCUGCAGAUUUGUACGUCAGAGAUCACUUCCAUCCAUUCAUCAACAAAACCUAUGAAAUUAUGCCAAUUCGAAUAAAAGCAAACAAACAAGGGAGUGCUUUGUCUGCUACAGAUGAGAUUACUUUGAAGUACUGUUUUCUUUCAGAAGAUAGAAAAUAUUUUCUGCCACCUACAAAAUCUGCCCUAGAUCAGCACAGAAUAGUCAUAACCACUACAACAAUGGCAAGACAUUUUCAUGACUUGAAGCUCCCCGAGGGAUACUUCACCCAUAUUCUAAUUGAUGAAGCCUCUCAGAUGCUAGAAUGUGAAGCUUUGAUGGCCCUUGGUCUUGCUGGACCAAACACCAGAGUUGUUUUGGCUGGGGAUCACAUGCAAAUGGGACCCAAGCUUUUCUCAGUGGAUGAUCAUCACCGUUCAAAUCACACACUGCUUAAUCGCUUGUUUCACUACUACCAAGGCGAAAUGUGUGAUGCUGCCCAGAAGAGUAGGAUCAUUUUCAGUGAAAACUACCGCUCAACAAAAGAAAUUGUGGAAUUUGUAUCCACCCAUUUCUAUGUUGGUAAGAAUGAUAUUAUUAAAGCUACUGGAAAUAUUCCAGCUCCUGCAAAUGGCCAUGCUCUGACGUUUCACCAUGUUAGGGGAGAGUGUCUUUUGGACACUAUGUCUAUGUCCUGGUAUAACAAAGAGGAGGUUGUCAAAGUGACUGAAGCAGUGGAAGAAAUUCUCAAACACUGGCCAUCAACGUGGGGUCACAAGGACCAAAGCUCAAUCUGCGUCUUAUCAGAGGGAUUUCAGCUUCGGAAAAUUAGGGCAGCACUUUCAAGAAGAAGUCUGGCUAAAGUCCAUGUUGAGAAUCUUGCAAAUGUUCAAGGAAAACAGUUCAGGGCAGUGGUAAUCACCACUGUACAAACACGUGACAGCCUGAAAACUUCUCACCUGGCUGGUCUGGAGUUGUUCAAUGAUGGCCGUGUGUUAAACACUGCAAUGACCAGGGCUCAGUCACAGGUGGUUGUGGUUGGAGAUGGUGCUGCCCUCUGUUGCUUUGGGAAGAGCUUGAGAAUCUGGAAGAGCUUCAUAGAACACUGCAUCAGCAACAACAGUACUGUACCACAACAUUUCACCAGAGAUUUUUUUGAAAAGGAUCUCAUGGAAACUGCAAAAUUUCAAAAGGCUGAACAUGUGGAGGAGAGCAACACUCUCAAUGACACAAUUCUUCAAGAGUUGAAAGAUGAAUAUGAACAGCUGAAAACAGAAUAUGUUUCUGAGGAAGACAGCCUGGAAUUUGAAGACUCAGAUCACCACCAGUCUAGAUCAUUAUACAGAGUCACUGACACAGACCUUUCAGAGUUAUGUAAAAAACAACCAGAGCUGUACAAGCAAGGAAAGUUGAUCAGAGAGUCCUACAGCAGAGGUUAUGUCUUACCAUUUCAUGACCCCAGCAGAUGUAUAAGCAUCAAGGGAAGGGCAAACCUAGGUAACACUUUCACUGGAGAUGAAGUUGUCUUAAAAACUGCAAGGGUGGUCAGCAUCACUAAGAAAGCUGAAUCAGCCCGUUUGCUUGUGUGCCUGCUUGAGGAUGAGGAUUACAGCAAACCAAGACCUUCUGAAGACAAAUUUAUCAAAAGGAUGAUGAUACCCAUUACAAAAUCUGAGCCUAAAGUACGCAUACUGAUCAGCAAGAGGAAACGUAACUUCCUUCCAAUAUGGGAGAAAAUUCAUGGACAAUGGAUGAUUGCAGCAUAUGAACGUCUUGAUGAAAAGCUCAAACAAAAUAAUGUAUUUAUGGUACAAGUGAUUGGAUGGAGAGAUGACUGUGCUUUUCCACUGGGGUACGUUGUAGAAAUUCUUCCAGUUGGAAGAUGUUUGGAUGAUGGGCUAAGGAUCCUGAAUGAAGAAUUUAAACUUGCACCCAAUACAUGUAAAUUAGAUGAGGGUUUUUCAUGGGCAGAUGAAGAUAGGGCACACCGAAAGGACAUGCGUAAGGUAAUCACUUUCACUGUUGAUCCAGUAGGAGCUAAAGACCUAGAUGAUGCCAUCAGUAUCAAGGAAACUGGAAAGCAAUAUGAGCUGGGAGUCCAUGUUGCAGAUGUUGCAAGCUUUGUGAGUCCAUGUAGUAAAUUAGAUGAGGAUGCAAAACAGCAAGGGGCUACAUAUCACUGCAGUAGGGGAAAACACAAUUACAUGUUCCACCAAGACCUGAGCACUGGACACUUCAGUUUACUGUCAGGUCAAGAUCGCAGAGUGGUUUCAUUAAUGUUCCAAGUAAACAAGCACACAAAUGAGAUCAUUGGAGAGCCCACAUUCCAGCUGUCAGUGAUCAAUUCUAAUGAGCAGUUGUCUUAUGAAGAGGCAGAGGACAUGAUCUCCAAAAGAUAUGGAAAGAUGCCUAAAUUUGACACAAUAGAAGACUGUGUCACAGUGGCUUAUUGUUUUGCAAAAAAUCAAAGGAAGAUUAGACUUCAGAAGGAUUGGGCUUAUUCUCAACCUGAUGCUGAGAGAUUGCCUGGAAAGCGCAAAGCCCAUUUGAUGAUUGAAGAGCUGGGUGUGCUCUUCAACAAAAUUGCAUCUGAGACUUUGACUGGUUCAGAAAACACAAGGGAUUACACACCCCUUCGCUGUCAGGCAAACCCAGAUCCGGAAAAGGUAGAAGAACUGAAGGAGAAAUGUGGAGAAUUAAUACCACUGUCUUUUCAUGUGCGGCACAAAGUCAACCAUGACAAUCAAGUCCCUAACUGUGAAAAGUUUCGCAUACUCACAGAAGUCUGGAAAGACAUCCAGUCAGCUGCCAGAACAAAUAAUAAUGACAAAAUGGUGGAUCUGGUUGCUGCAGAUGACAUCCACCCUCUGCUCAAGCCAGUUGUUGAUCAGUUCAGAAGGUGCUCUAGUAAAGCUUAUGUCAUCCGUUCUAAGUCCUCCCCAAAAGCAGAUAUUGGGCAUUAUUCCCUGAAUGUAAAGUCCUACACACAAGCAUCUUCACCAAUACGGCGGUACAUGGACAUUGUCUUACAGAGACUUUUGCACUCUGUCAUAUGUAACCGACCUGUCCAAUACACUGUGACAGAAAUCACACAUUUGUGCAAUCAAUUUGACAAGAACCUCAAGGAUGCCAAGGAGUAUGAACAAAAGGCUGAACAAAUCUCUUACGCUGUGAGCAUGAAAAAACAAAGUGCUUCAAAGCUAGCCUUUGUGGUGAGUGUAGAUCUCAAAGAAGAGGGCUUUGCAGUGUCAUUUCCUUUUAACAAUAACAUAUUUGCAAAGAGUUUACCAAUUAUGUACAAAGAUUUACAACUGGACGAACAACCAUAUUAUGAUGAAACAAAUCAUUGCAUCAUUCUUCAAUGGAAACAGCGAAUCUAUGCAGCUGACACCAUGGAGAUUCACCAAGAGUUGAAAAUGCAGCCAGACUGUGGUCCCUGUGUUGAGCUUCCAUUGGAAACAUGGAAAGCCACUGUUAAAGCGAUUGAUGAAGAAAAUUGGGAUCAUGCUAAAAGUCUCAUAUUAAGCACUAACACAAAACACCUGGAAAAACACAAUAUUGUGCCACUCUCAUCUGAGGUACCUCAUUUAAAGAUGAACACAUGUACCUCUGAAAGACAAAACGUACCUGAGAUACAAAGGGAGCAUGAGGUUGACAUCAACCUCCAGUUGCAGGCAGGUGACACCCUUCAGAUCCAAAUGACAUCAGAGGUAAAACGAGGUUAUCACAUGCCUGCUGUUCAGUUGGUGCACAUUAAGCCAAAAUUUGAGAUUUGUGUGGACCAUGUCCACAAUCCUAUCACAUGCUUCUCCAGAUCUGCAGAUGAUCCAACAAGGAUACAUUAUAGUGACACCGAGGAGUAUAUACGGAUCUGGAAACCAUUGUGUGAGAUGGAAUCUGCUGCCACUGCAGUGGAUGAAAGUGAUAGUAUAGUCAUUGAAAACCUGGCGGUAAAUUUCAGUGAAGAGGGGGAAGACACACUAACAGGAAGCUUCUUCUUACCUCAGGAAUGGAUCAAUGAAUGGGCCAUUGAAUGUAAUCUUUCUAAAUGCCUACUCUGCAUACGGAAAAGAGGUCUGAAGUUGACUUCAACUCUGGAACAUUCUGCUCUAGGGGACUCAAAAGAGUUCACAUGGGUUGCCCAUGGUGUGACAAGCAAAACAGAAGAACAUACAAACUCUGACAAUAAAGGAAGUAAAGUGGAGUUCUAUGUCAAUCAUCUGCCAAUGGAAAACAUUCCUAAUUGCAUCUUUCAGAAAAACACAGGUUUCACUGUUGAAAUAAUCCCAAAGCUCCUGCCUGACAUUCGGAAAGAAAAUGCUGUGCUUAAAAUUACAACCGCAUGUGACCUUGUCAAGACUAUAGCACUUGGAAAACGUAUUCCAAGAGAGGUAACAACAAGGUGGUACACAAUAAGAAAAGAGAUACCAAAUGGACUGCCAAACCUCAAUCCGAGUCAGCAUCUUGCAGUGGCUCAAGCUGUAAAUAAUACCUUCACACUCAUACAGGGACCACCUGGAACUGGAAAGACAGUAGUGGGUGUGUACCUGGUGUACUGUUUCUUAGAUCUCAACUCUAUGAAUCCAAGGAAAUUUGACGAUCCCGAGGAUGUGAGCAAGAAACAAGUUAUUCUCUACUGUGGUCCAUCCAACAAGUCUGUUGAUGUUGUUGCAGAGUACCUGUUGAGGUUUGGGGAUAGUCUAAAGCCCUUGAGAGUCUACAGCCAACAAGUGGAGAUGCUUGAUUACCCUUAUCCAGGCUGCACCCUUCAGUUUUCUCGGAGAACACUCCGCCAAGAUCGUUCCAAACCAGAACUCAAGAGCAUCACUUUGCAUCACAGAAUGCGACAGGACCAAAAUCCUUAUUCACGUCAAAUAAGGGAGUUUGACCGACGUAUUCAACUUGCCCUUGAGGAGGAGGGAGAUGAGCUAACUGCUGGUGAGGUGAUAGAAAACAAGAAACUCCUCAUAAAAGCACGGGUGUAUGAGCUUGAACGGCAUGACAUUAUACUGUGCACAUGUACACAGUCUUCUACCCCGAGCUUGAGAAAGACAGUCAGCGCACGUCAGAUCCUCAUUGAUGAAUGUGCAAUGGCCACUGAACCUCAGGCCCUGAUUCCACUGGCCUGCAACAAACCAGAAAAGAUUAUUUUGAUUGGUGACCAUAAACAAUUAAGACCAAUUGUGAAGAAUGUGCAUGUGAGGAGGAUGGGGAUGGCCAAGUCUCUGUUUGAGCGCUACUACACAAUGCAUGAGAAGAAGGCAGUGAUGCUGGACACGCAGUACAGAAUGCAUAAGGAUAUAUGCGAGUUCCCAUCAAAUGAAUAUUAUGAGGGAAAGCUGAAAACUGGGGUGGAGCAGCCAAGCAGUGUUCUACGUGUGGAUAAAAGGACAAUGCCAGUUGUUUUUGGGGACGUCAAAGGAACGACCAUCAGUCUGGUUGUCAGCACAGCAAAAGGGAACGAGAACUCGAAAGCAAACCAGGAAGAGAGAAACAAAGUGGUUGACAUUGCUGAAAUGCUGGUGAAGACUGCCAAAAUCAAAGAGCAAAGUAUUGUGAUUUUGUCACCCUAUAAUGCCCAAGUAUCAGAAAUAAGAGAGGAGCUGAAGAAGAAGAAAAUGGAUGAAAUCACUGUUACCACAAUCACUAAAAGCCAAGGAAGUGAAUGGCGUUACGUCAUCAUUUCUACUGUGUGCUCUCUGCCAAGUGACGAGAUUGAGAGUGAACCAGACCGAGCCUGGCUGUCCAAACAUCUAGGCUUUGUGGGUGAUCCCAACCAGAUUAAUGUGGCCAUCACCAGGGCCAAAGAGGGACUGUGCAUCAUUGGGAACAGAGAGUUGCUCCACUGCAGUACAGCUUGGAGAAAGCUCCUGAACCACUACAAGCUUCACAGAGCGGUGGCAGAUGCCAACAAGAUUUCAGUGUGCUCUGCCAGAUAGCCGAUCUCCUCUAUUCCUUUUUGGAGACUUAAUUUCUAUGAGCAGUUCAGAGCCCCUACACUUAUGCAACAGCAUGACUCAAGGGUGUGUAUAUGUUUUUAGUUUUCAUGUAAUUUCAGAGUAACUUUUUCUAUAUAUCCUUUUUGCAGGUUUAUAGUAGCAGGGGUUUUUGAUAUUGUAUUUGUCAUUUUUGAUGUGCCCUGAUGUAUAUGCAUCUUUAACAUGUACACAUUUGUAAAAAGCAAAUUCUAUAUCAACUGUAUCAAGAGUUUUAUUUUUAGAUAUGCUAUUGUAAUAUCUAAACUUUCAGGUUCAUAGAUAGUUUUUUUUGUUUUGGUUUGGUUUUGCAUUUUCAUUAUUGUUGCUAAUUUUAAAUAUCACAUUUAAGAGACGUUGUAGGUUGCAAUGAAAACUUUAUCACACUGUGCUACUCUUAACUAUGGACAAAAACAGAGUAGAGCUCUUGUUGUUUUAGGUGUAGCUGACAUGGGGAGAAUUACCACUGUGUAAAACAGCCUCCACUGAGGCACUGUUCCUCUUUACAGAUGAAUCAAUGUGCAUUUGUUUUUACUGCAGGACAGGACCUGACCCUUAAACCACUUUAUCAUUCUCA